CGCCGCUGCAGUACCGUCCUCCGCCGCUGGGUGGCGGCAGUGCGCCUUCCUGUCUCUGUUCUGCCGCACAGGAAGGACCGGAAAGAGAUGGAAGAAGCACGAUGGCGGCGCCAGACGGAGAAAUGAACCACGGGACAGACCAGCUGGAGUUCUCUCUGGACGUCCCCUUCCCGUCGUCUCCUGAGGCUCUCAUCGCUCUGCGGUCUCUGUCUCCGGACCGAGAGCCGAGGAAAGGCGGCAUCAGCAAACAGCUCUCGGUGUCCGGCAGCACGCUGUCUGUGAGGUGGAGCGCAGAUGAAGCUCGAAUCCUCCGAGUGUCUGUGAACUCGUUUCUGGAUCAUCUGUCGCUCGUCAUAGAGACCAUGGAGAUGUUUGGGCCCCCUGUUUCUGUUUCCCAGUGAAGCAUCAGAAAUGAUUCAGGACUCUGGUUCUCUGAUCCGUCAUCCUCCACUGGACUUUUCAAUCCUUGGACGUGACUCAGGUGCGGCACCUGGAACAGGGUGAAACUGAGGUUUUAUAAAGGAGGUGUGAGCAGCUGGCAGCUUAAACGUGUUCUAGUUUCCUCUGAACAGUAAAACCUGGUUGUUUGCUUGUUUAAAUGAAAGUAAGAAGCAGGUGUUCAGACUGGGUUUGGGUUUGAUUUAAAGAUCCAUUCAGACGUGUUAAAAAAUACUAAUGUGUUUUUCUUUGAAUCAUAA